AUGAUUGAUAGCUCAAAACCGAAUGUAAAAGUUGGUAACGAAUCAGACGCGGACCAGUCGAGCUCCAACCCCGUCUCUCAACAACUUUUAUCUUGGAUUUUUUUGAUGAACAAGUUUUCCUAAAUUUUUAAUUUUUAUAAAGAAACUUUUUACAAGGUUUCUACGAGAGAAACCCGGUAGGAAAGAGGAACUAGACCUCGAUAAAUAUUGGAAGGACCAAGGCGAAGAGGAAAGAACGCGUGAGAUGAUGCUUCUACAGCGGAAGCAACGUUUGAUGCAAUACUUGCACUGCGGUAGAGUUCGCUCGUAAGUUCAAAUGGAGCUAAGUAGCCACUUUCUUAACUUUAAGAUGGUCUUGCACGGAACAGGUGGGCAAGAUGGUUUGCAUCAAGCGUGACGACGUUUUCUUCGAAGAAGGUGACGAACAUGCUCUGGCAAUGUUUUCACCACAAAAAGUGAAUUUUUCAAUCGAAAUAGUAAGGUCUACAAUUAUUUUAGCUUAAAUCGUUCAAAGAGGCCGCCGCCUCGUUUUUCAAUGAGCUGGAAGCUCAGCUGAGUCCUGCUGCCGACAAAAAUUCCAAGUCGAAUAAGAAGAAAAAAGGCAGAAAGUCGAGCUCUCCAUCGAACCAAACUGAUGAGAAGCUAAUGGAGUUUUGCACGGUUAUUUUUAACUUGUUUAGCACUAUAUUCAUUUUUUCACUUUCAGAAUAACAUUGACUCUUGUUCAUGCAGCUUCAUGGCACAUGGAGACGAAACUAAGGCUACUUUGAUGGUUUUUUUUAAAUCUAUUUUCUCUAAUAUCAUGUUGAUUUUAGGAACUGACGUGCCACUACCAGCAUCGACUUCAGGCUCAGAGAUCUCUUCAGGAAUUUCUGUCUCUUUUGCUUCAAAAAUACUCUACGAACGCUAAAGUCGACGCGAACGGCAAUGGGAAUACGUGUACUUGCAAGGAGUUUUGCUGCAACAACAAUAAUAAUGGAGAUGCUCAUCAGAACCCGGCCCAUUUCUUGGAGAAAGUUCUUUUUGCACCGAGUAAUUUUUCAUGUUUUUUUCUGAAAUCUUCUCAUCUAGUUUUCAACGUCAGAAUCUUUUGAUCAACUAUUUUGAAAAUUUUCGUUUUAUUUUAGAAUUCAUGAAUGCACAGAAGUUUUGCACGAAGAAAAAUGAAACUGAAAAAAGUUCUAUGUUUUGAAUUUUUUUUUUCAAGCUGUUAUGUUUCUUUCAAAACCCCAGCGCGAAUUUUUCAAAUUGAAAUUUUUAAUAAGAAACUCAGGCAAAACUGAAAAGCUCCCCAAAAGCUUUUCUCAAAAAAAGACCUUGAAAGGGUCCCCAGCAGAUCUUUUUUACAUCAUUUCAGUUCUCUUUUGCGUCUUUUUCACAUCCUCUGACAAAAAAGAUGCUGGAAAGCAACUAAAAAGAUCCGAGAGGAUUCAAAAAGGAUCUUCUGAGGCUAUGAAAAAGGUGCUCAAAAGCUUUUUUACAUCAUUUUAGGAGCUUUUAGAGGAAGCUUUUUAUCUCCCUCUCAGGAUCCUUUAAGGAUCCUCAAAGGAAUUUUUCCGUUUUACCUAUGAAUCAAGCUUUUAAUUACAGGUGUGCCAAACUGUGAAGAGGGCGAAAACGUCCGCUUAUCUCGGAAGCAAGUCAAAAUGAUGAAAAGUAUCAAGCCGAAAGAUCAUUGUCAUGCUCGUCACGGUGCUCAGAGGUCUGAAAAGAAAAUAUUCAAGGCUGAAGAAAAUUAACUUCAGAUGCCGUCUCUGUAUGAUGGCUAUGACGGGUAACAGCCCCAGGAAGGGUUCUCUUGGCCAGGAGUUCAACACGGCUGUCAGUGUUCUUUUUUCCUUUUUGUCCACAAAUGAUUUUCAGAGCGCCUGA